AGAACAGUGACCAGAUCUACCGAAUAUAGCAGAUCUCUAAUUUCAGUCUGAAAAAUGCCGAGCUCAACGGCAUCUUCUGAAGAUGCACCAAUCACAUCAACAGCAUGGAUGAAUUGGAAAGAUGUAUUUUUGAAAUGUGUCCAGCCAAUGUUGGCUGUUGUUCUAUUACUCCGAUUUUCAAGUAUUGUUGAUGAAGCCGGAUUUACAACAACAAUUAUUCUUGUCUUCUUCACAUUUCUGGUCAGUUUGGUAACCGGAUGGUCAGCAUGUACAGUUGUUUCAAGGAAAAGCUCAGAAGUUGGAUUUGUGAAAACAAUGCUGGCCUACUCAAGCACAGAAUUUGCAAUUUCAUUUUCUAUAAUCUAUCUCUUUUGUCUUCUCGUGGCCACUAGUACAUUCCUGACAUCAGCUGCUGAAGCUGUUCUUCAUAUUUUCUCAACAUUUUCUCUCGAAUUACUUGAUGGAGCUACUCAUGAUCUACGUCUUGUUUCUUCUGUGUUAUCCCUCAUCACCUUGGCACUUUGCAUGGUCCGUAAUCGAAAUGCUCGAUUUGUCCGAACUUUUAUAUUUGCUCUGACCUGUAUUGCCAUUGCACUUCAACUUUCAUCUGUAAUGUUUCGAUAUGGAGAAUAUCAACUUCGUCGAGUUUCUGACCGUAAUGCCAUGAUUCCAUCUCCACCGAACGAAGAGAUUUCCACAAUUUUCGCCCAAUUAUUUCCGGCAGCAAUGUGUGGUUUAACAAUCUUAAAUAUUGGCUCAAAGCUUCAAAAUACUGCUCCACGCGGAGCUCUUAUUGCAAUUGCCGUCAGUGCUUGUUUCUAUGGAGCUGCUGCUAUGUUGGAUUAUGUCGAAUUUUUUGCAAGAACUUCAACUUCAAAUAGUACCGGUUCAGCUGAAUAUAAUGAGUUUCUAUCCUAUAUCUACACAACUGUUCCAAUGGCUAUUGUUAUCACUUUGGCAUGUGUAUUAUCUGCAGUUUCAACUUUAAAAUAUGCAGCCGUAAUUCUUCAAUCACUUGGACGGUCUAAUCAAUGUAGAUGCAUACUUUGGUUAGCAAAAGGUUUUGGUGAAAGAGAUAUUCCAAUUAGAUGUCUUCUUCUUUUAUCAACAGUACAAAUAUUAGUUUCGGCAAUUGGUUCCUACGACAUUCUCUGCAUUCCGACAACAGUUUUCUACUUAUUUGCAUAUGCUCUCUUCAAUUUCUACGUUUUCCUGGUAAAGCUGUCAGAUCCCGAAAUCCCAUCACCACCGACACUGCUCUCGUUAGCAAUAUCAGCUGCAUGUUUCAUUGCCUCACUCUACACAAAUCGUCAUCUUGCUCUGUUUAUCGCCUCCAUUUUUGCAAUAUCGUAUUGUUCUCUACUUUAUAUUAUUCGACGUGAACGCAAUGAAGAUGGAGAAGAAUGCCCCAAAUCAAUGUAUUCAUCAGUACUUGAACAAAUGCAUGAACUUCAACAAGAACCUGAUUCCCGACGUCAUUUCCAUCCACAAAUUCUUCUUCUUUCGGGAAGUCCUGCUGCUCGUCCAGGGCUCGUGGACUUUGCGCACUCAAUUACACGUGGAAAAUCUCUUCUCAUCUGCGGAUAUAUCAUUCCGAAAAUUAGUAACAAAGUAGAACAGCCAAUGACAUGGACAGAAUAUUUGAUGCAGCAAAGCCCAUGUUCUCGAAGUUACUUGCUCCAACUGAAAAUCGACAAGCAAAUCAAUGACUGGCUCCGAGCACGUGAAGUGAACGCGUUUGGAGCAGCAAUUUGUUGUACGAAGCAGGCAGAAGGCGCCAAUAUUUUGUUGCAGACCGCAGGUCUUGGCCGUCUCCGUCCGAAUAUUUUAAUGUUGGGAUACAAAACUGGAUGGGAGAAGCUGAGUAAAGAAUCAAUAUCAGAAUAUUAUGGAAUGCUAUCAAAUGCAUUUGAUAAACAAGUUGGAGUGAUAAUCUUUAGAAAUGAGGCUUCUGGUUUCGAUGUGACGUCAUCUAUCAGGAAAAAUGGAGCCCCGAUCAAUGAUGAUGAGGAUUUGGCAGAAUAUGUUGAUAGUGCCACUCCAAAACUAGCCGACCAGGGGAGUCAGAAGAAAGAUGUGCCACGUGGAAAACUGCUGAACACAUUCAGAAAAAUGUCGAUGGCUGUGAAUAAAGAUCUUGAAUCAGGUGGCCGCCGUUCUACAAGCAGUAGUACUCGAUUCCAAGUUAUUGAUAAACACAGUAUUUCGGAACCCGAUCAGAAAAUUAUUAUGGCACAAAUGUUCAGAUUUAGGAAGAGAAUUCCGAACGCGAGAAUUGAUGUGUUUUGGCUCCGUGAAGCUGGUGGAUUGACAAUGCUUGCACCAUAUUUAUUGACUCAAGCUGGAAGUUUCUUGGAAGGAGCACAUAUUCGAGUAUUCACAAAAACUGAUGGAAAAGAUAAUAAGAGGAUAAACGAGGAACAAAAGAACAUGGCUGCAAUUCUUCGAAAGUUCCAUAUCGACUCUUCAGAUCUUCAUAUUCUUCCAGAAUUUUCGAAACCUCCGUGCAAACAGACAUACGAUGAAUUCCGAGCAAAAAUUGACAAAUACAAGGUGGAAACCAGCAGCAGUGGUGAGCCUGUAGACGGAUCAUUUGAUAAUAAUCAAAUAUUCAAUUUGCGAGAGAAGACUAGAAGCUUCUUGCGUGCAUCGGAACUUAUUCGAGAACACAGUUCAGAUGCUGAUCUGAUUGUUUGUACUCUUCCAUCAGCUCGUCCUGAAAUCCCAUCACCAAUUUAUCUCGGAUGGAUCGAUAUGCUCUCCCGUCAGACACCCCCGACAUGCCUUGUACGUGGAAAUCAAGUCUCGAUGAGUGCUCUUCGUUUGAAAUUCCCGUAAUUCUCAAUUAAUUAGUCGCAUUUCAAAUUGUUUCUCUACGGGCGAGUCGGACGACGAUUGAUUUCGUGAUUGUUAUUGUUCACGGUGAUGAUGAUUAUGAUAAUGUAAAUAAGUUUUAUGAAUUCAAUAAACAGCUCUCUAUU